UGGUCCUUAGUUCGCUCAGUUCUAGUUGCAUCUUCCCGCUCUCUCUUUCUCUCUGUUAGAAAUGAUCCCGCGAAUGCACGGAGAAAUUGGAAUGCGUGAUGGAUUAGAUGUUGCGAUGAUGGAGUGCUUGUGAUCUAUUCAUUUUUUUAAGUGCUUUUUUUUUACUUGUUAACGGCAUUUCCAUUGCUGGGAAAAGCAGUCGUGGAUUAUUUCUGUGAUUUUGCAUGGCUCCUUUAGAUAUGAUGAACCAGUUGUGCAAAGUUUGCGGUGAACCAGCCGCAGGAUACCACUUUGGCGCUUUCACAUGCGAAGGUUGCAAGUCCUUCUUCGGCCGCACGUACAACAACCUUGCUGCCCUCGGAGAAUGUAAAAACAGUGGACAGUGUGUCAUCAAUAAGAAAAACAGAACAUCCUGCAAGAGUUGUCGGCUAAAGAAAUGUCUGCUUGUUGGAAUGUCGAAAAGCGGCUCUAGGUAUGGACGUCGUUCUAACUGGUUCAAAAUCCAUUGCCUUAUUCAAGAUCAAGCUGAAAUGACUAGCAGAUUAGCCGACCAGGGAGUGCUUUCGAACAAUCAUUACGAUACAAAAGAUAUAGUACAUCACUUCCGUUCUGAUUUCAGCGAUGUACCGCUGUCUACAAAUGGACAUUCUAGCAGAGGAUCUCCUUCCUCUGAUCCUGGUACUAUGGAGACUACAAGUAGCCCUGUGGCGUAUCAUUUUUAUCCUUCCAAAAGCUCUGCAAACGGAUAUUCAAAUGGUUAUCCAGGAUACGACGCAAACAGUCCACCGUACGAGAGGAAAGAAAAUGUAGCAUUCCAUCAUCACCAUCAUCAUCAUCUUCCAUUGUCACCAGUAUCUCCCCUGCAUCCUAGCAAAUUUUUCUUUCAUUCAGCUAACAGCAGUUUUUAUACGAAGAAUUUCAACACUCUACCUAAAGUGUUGAGUACAGACAUAAACUAUUCUGCUCCCCAUCGAUUGUUAGGUGUCCCAAGUGGUAUUUUAAGUAGUCCACCUGUACUUAAUACACCUCGAGAAAGACCUGUGAUUUGCACGGAAGCUUUUGGAGACAUUCCAGAACAAGAGACACCCAUUGAUUUGUCUGUCAAAAAACCUGAGACACCGAAUUCUGAUAGCACGAUGGAUGGCAUAAACGGUAAUGAUGAAGAAGAAUAUAUCAAUAUGGAUGAUAAUGAUGAGGCAGAUGAAAUUCCCGCCAGAGCUGAGACACCUUUAGAUUUAACAUCAAAGAGAGCCGUUUCCUGUUAGAAGUUUAUUAAUAUUGCUUAAAUUUAUGAUUAUUGUUGAGUUUGUUAUUGUUAUGUUUUUCUUUGAAAUUAUAAUUUUUUUAUUAAAAAACAUUAUCUCAAAAAGGUGCUACUUUUGAGAGUAGGCAAUAAUAAAUUUCUCGUCAUAAAUGAUGAUUUUAUUUUGCCUAAAAGAUGCCGUGUUAAAAUACUGAACAUUGCUUUCAUGAAAAUCAAACGAAUGGCCAGUUCAUUAUGUGAUCAAAUCUUCCUUAAGUGCCGCUAUUACGUUGGCGAUACUACUAUGCAAAUCACCUAAGUCAGAAACAAAGAAGAAAAAACUUGAGUUCGAAUUCAGGUUUGCAGAAAAAAAGCUGCGAUUCUUUUCAGAAAAAAAUGGUGCAUUUGCAUUUUAAACCCACCAUGUACAGCUUUUUUGUUGUGAAAAAUAUAUGUUUAGAAAUACUCAUGGUCUUAAUGUACACCGAUUCAUGUGACAUUCCAUUACGCAAACAUGCGUAUUUAAAUGUGAGCCUUAUUUCAAGCCAUUAAUGUUUUGUUCAUCGUAAUGAUGUUUUAUUAAUUAUGCCAUAAGUAAAUAUGUAAAUUUACAUUGUUAUGCUUUGAGUCCUACCUCUGUUAUAUGAAUGUUGAUUUCACUUUGUUUCUUUUUGUCCCAUAACUUUCAAAGUUUAAUCUUUAUCUCUGAUUUAUAACCUUUUUCAGAUAAGCACAUGCAAUCAUAUUUUUGUACUACUAUUCUCUGUAUGUCAUAAUCAUUUCUCGUUUUUCAAUUAUGUGCAAACUACUUAACAGAAAAAUAUUUUUUAUGAAUACCAUUUAUACAGUACAGUAAAACCCCUCCUAACGGACACCCCUCUUAUGCGGACAAUUUUUAAUUCCCCAGUUCCAAUGCAAAUAACAUUAUUAAACCCCUGCCCUGCGGACAAAUCUCUAUUGCGGACAAAAAAAUUUAUCCCGUAGGUGUCCGCAUUAGAGGGAUUUUACUGUAAUUGAUAUUUUAAAGUCAGGUUCAUAAAUCAUACAAAAAGUUCACGAAACCAAUGAAGACUUAAUUUUUUCAAUGAAUAUUUACUCGAAGCUUGGAAAUGGUCACAUUUAGUUCUACCUCAAAAAAAAAAAAAAAAAAAAAAAAAAAAAAAAACCCAUUUGAUGAAAGUGAGAUAUCGAGAAUAAACAAAUCAUUCACUUAGAUUUGUUCAUAAAUGAGACCACAUCUAUGAAUGCAACCGAGGCGACCUUGCAUAUAACGAUUUCUUAAAGUACUAUCUUGGCGAUGAAUGAGCAGUUUUCUGCUGUAAAACAUUGCGCAGCAAAGUCAAUUUUAGGUCGAUAAAAAUUUAUAAGCGUGACUUUCCAUUGUCUUGUGAUCAGUGAGAGUGAAAAGCAGUAAAAUCUUCUGCUAGUCGAGCAGAAGAUUGGUCAAUAACGCUCUUCCGGACAUGUAUGUCAAUAGGUUAGCCGCUACGGUCUGAAUGUCAGCUCAGAUUCAUCAUUCAAAAAAUCUCCCUCGCUAUGAGUGAAAGUACUGACACGGUUUUUCUUGCGCUUGAACAAUAUUCAUUGUUCCUAAUUAGAGUCAGAUGUUGUAGAGAAUAGUGUAUUUUGUACGAAUUACAUCACCGGAUUACAAUCUGCGGACUCAUCCUAUGAAUAGCUAGAAGCACCCAAACAUUAAAUUAGACGGGCCAAUUAUUUUUAGCCUUUCCUUUAUUUGGUUACAAACGAGAAUAAUUUCUUCUGAAAAAUAUGGAAAUCGUAGUAACCUUACACUAAAACACAUUGAAAUCCUAGCAAAAAGAAAAGUUUUUACAGUAAAUUCCCAAUUAUCCGCGGAAUAGGGUGGCAAGGUAAACUUGGAUAAGCAAAAACCGCGGAUAAUCCGAAUAAUAGGUAAAAAAUUAUACUACUGUAUAUAAUAGCUAAAAAAUAUGAUUAGCACUCUCAUAAACAUUUAAAUUAUAGCUAAAAAUAUUGCUACAUUGCUACUACGUAUACUGAUUGCAAAAAAUGUACAUAUAAAAAGCUAAAAUCGAACAAAUACACAAUCAUUAUUUAAAAAAAAAACAUUAAUGACCGUUAAAAAAUAACAAUAAAUUGUGAAAAGAGCCGCGGAUAAACCGACCGCCGAUAAUCGGGAGUUUACUGUAUUUUAGUAUACUACCGAAAAUUUACUGCACAUUCAAGAUACCAGUCAUUUAAAAACGUUUGAAUAGACUUUACUGCCAGUAAAAAUCAUUUUUGAGGUAAGUGUUUAUCAUGAAAAAUUUAAUUAUACGACAGGUCGUAAAUGUGAGAGCAAUACCUUCCAUUAGCAAUAAUCACCGACCUUGAACUUAAUAUUGGGGUUAUGUAUGUUACGUCACAUCUGUCAGUGGACAAAUUAAAUGACCGCGGUUGGUACUGUUCCGUUCUCGCUCAAAACCGUAAAAAAAUAAUGUUUGGAGGAUGUGGUUUCAGGUUUCGAGGACCGUCAAAGAAUUAAACAAUAACAUACCAUUUCAUUGCGGAACACGCUGUAACAAAAGAACAUUAACUGAAUCGGGGAGGGGGGGGGAUAACUAUUCUUAAUUUUAUUUUAAAUAUUUUUAAAAACAAGACAAAAAAAAAUGUAAUAAUGUAAUUGUUAAAUAUAAUUAAAUACUGCUUUCAAAUUAAAAUUUUUUGGCUGAUCACUUUUUGUCUAAAAUACAUAAAUUACUCUAUUUAUAGAAUUUAAAAAUAAUCAUUUUUUAUAAAAUCGAUAAGCAUUUCCAGAUAUUUUUGAACGUUUUCAAGCAAUAAAUCGACAAAGAAAAAAAAAUUAUAUUAUAUAUCAUAAAUGUGCAAAUUUCGUUGGUAAAACUAUGACUAUUUUUUAAUGAAAAAAUAUGUAAUCUAAAAGUGCAAUCGCACCUUCAUUCUUUUUUAAUUAUGUAUUCCAAAUUUCAUUGGUUGUAAAACGAGGCAGGGGGAAGAAAAGGGAUGUAAGUGACAAAAUUGUAAAUUGGAGGCAAUCAGAGCAAGUAGUAGGAGAACCUCCCUUCUGUUUUGGGGCAGGAGAUUGUACUAGUAGUGCUGGUAGAGGCUGAUACACAGCAUGAUUUAAAAAGAAAAAUAAUUAAUGAAAGCCUACCUAAAAUCUGAACUUUAAACGCGUUUUCCUCAAAAUUUUACAAAGUCUACUUGCAUCCCUUUGCUUUGUCACUGCCUCAAAUGUCUGCUACCCCACCAAAAUUAUUUUACAUAUCGUCGCCUCAGAGCAACAGCAGGAUAUCUUACUGUUAUUCCUGGGAUUGGAUGUCUUACUGCUGCUCUGAGGCGACGAUAUUUUUUUAAUCAUUAAAAGAUAAUAAUAAUAACGGUUUUUUAAAUGACAGAAAUGAUUACUAAAGUCUUUUAUUGUAACAAUGAAAUCACUUACUCUCGAAUAUAUUAUACAUUUAAUAGUGGUGUCUUAUAAAAAUGUAAAUGAUACUGAUUCAGUUCCUGAUCAAUUACAAUAAGGUAGCGAACAAAAUAUCGAAAGAAAAUAAAAACUUGGGUUGAUUUUCUUUCAGAAGGCACGCACAUUUUCCAUUUAAUUUAUUCUCUAAAGCUGAUACCAAUUAUUCGAUGUCUUGGAUGUAAAUCAUUUACAUUUUUACAAUUCCAUCUUGUUUAUUUAUUUUUUUAAUAUUAUUUUCCUUCCUAUGCGCUUCUUCAGCAAAGUUACUGCAAGUGAAAAAGUAAAACAUCGGAAACAAUCAAAAACGCCUUUGCUAAGUGCCAACUUUGGGUGCCUUUAACGUGAUAUUAUUUGGUACAUAUAUAUGUUGAAAAAAAGAAAUUUCCUUUCCUACACUUUGCACUAAACAUUAUUUUGAAGAUUUUUUUUUAAUAAAGUGUUUGGAGGGUGAGAAACUUUGAUGUAGAACCCUUCAUUUUAUUGUACGUACUUGUGAGUUAUAAUCAAAUGGUUGUGUUCGGCCCUGUUAAGAGGACAUCGCCGAAUUAUAUAAAGAGCUUUAGAGAUGCGUCCAACAUCAUUUUAUUUAUUUUUUUACACGAUCAAAAAGCGGAACCUACUUAAGAAUUUUAUACUGUUUUUAACUAACUUUGAAUACAGCAAUAUUUCUUCUCAACAGUUUUACAUCAUAUACAUGAUAUUUUUCUAAGCCAUUUAUGUACGUAGGUACUAAAUCAUUUUUUGUAAAUACAAGAUCUUAUUUUUACAACUUUGUUACUCGACUUCAACCAAUCUCUCUAUCAGGAGCCAUAAAUGCUCAAAUGCUUUGGUCCAUGAGAAAUAGGAGCAUUUAUUGUGUAUAAUUGUUUAAAACAUGAAUGUAAAACGAGUAAAACAUUUUAUUUGUUUUUAUCAGAGCUUUUUGUAAGGAAAAAAAAUAAGUCAUGUGCAUAAAUAAUUCCUAAAAGUAUACAUCAGAAACUCUUCACCGAAAAAGAUUGGUAGUGUGUUGCAUCAAAAAGUGAUAAAACGUUACAGACUAAACGGAAUGGUGCUAAGAUUUACCAUACGUUUCUGCUUACUUGAGCAUGAGGCACAAACUAUAUAGUUAAUCUAGCAUGAUUCUUAAAAAGCCAGCCAAUUAGCACUGCUUUUUUUGAAACACACCACAAAUAUUUUACGGUGAUGCUCAAAUUGUAUGCAGAUGAGUAAACAUACUAUUUUCACAGUAAAACGUUUGUGAAAAAUUCUCAUUUCUCUUAGGUCCUGCAACCGUAUGUAAUAUACGAAACUAUAUCAUUUCUUAAUGUGUUAUUUUUAUCGCUAUUGAUCAGAAAAGAUUGUAUAUUUGGGAUUGGAAAUUUAAUAAAU